AAAUAUCUACUGUACUAUUUUUUAUCAAAGGGAACGACACACAUCUCAAAACCAGAUCUAGAUCUAUUUUUUCUCUAAGGAAGGCGUCUUCGCAAACGCCUCGAUUCUUUCUUCUUCUUCGUCGUCGUCUUCUUCUUCGAUUUAGCGAAAAUGAGGGAAUGCAUUUCGAUCCACAUUGGUCAAGCUGGUAUCCAGGUCGGAAACGCCUGUUGGGAGCUUUACUGCCUUGAACAUGGCAUCCAGCCGGAUGGCCAAAUGCCGAGUGACAAGACUGUUGGCGGAGGUGAUGAUGCUUUCAACACCUUCUUCAGCGAGACUGGUGCAGGAAAGCAUGUUCCUCGUGCUAUCUUCGUUGAUCUUGAGCCCACUGUGAUUGACGAGGUCAGAACUGGUACAUACCGUCAGCUUUUCCACCCUGAGCAACUCAUCAGCGGCAAAGAGGAUGCGGCUAACAACUUCGCCCGUGGACAUUACACCAUUGGAAAGGAGAUUGUUGAUCUCUGUCUAGACCGUAUCAGGAAGCUCGCUGACAACUGUACUGGUCUUCAAGGUUUCCUUGUUUUCAACGCUGUUGGUGGAGGAACUGGAUCUGGUCUUGGAUCUCUUCUCCUUGAGCGUCUCUCUGUAGACUAUGGAAAGAAAUCCAAACUAGGAUUCACUGUGUACCCUUCACCUCAGGUUUCAACAUCUGUUGUUGAGCCAUACAACAGUGUUCUUUCCACCCACUCACUCUUGGAACACACUGAUGUCUCUAUCCUCCUCGACAAUGAAGCUAUAUAUGACAUCUGCAGACGUUCCCUCGACAUUGAGAGGCCUACUUACACUAACCUCAACCGUCUUGUCUCUCAGGUCAUAUCUUCCUUGACCACUUCUCUGAGGUUUGAUGGUGCUUUGAACGUUGACAUCACUGAGUUCCAGACUAACUUGGUUCCAUACCCACGGAUUCACUUCAUGCUUUCCUCGUACGCUCCUGUCAUCUCUGCAGAGAAAGCCUUCCAUGAGCAACUCUCUGUUGCUGAGAUUACCAACACUGCUUUUGAGCCUUCUUCUAUGAUGGCCAAAUGUGACCCUCGUCAUGGUAAGUACAUGGCUUGCUGUCUGAUGUACAGAGGUGAUGUCGUCCCCAAGGACGUGAAUGCUGCUGUUGGCACCAUCAAGACCAAGCGUACCAUCCAGUUUGUUGACUGGUGUCCAACUGGAUUCAAGUGUGGUAUCAACUACCAGCCACCUACUGUUGUUCCCGGUGGUGAUCUGGCCAAGGUUCAGAGAGCUGUGUGCAUGAUCUCUAACUCGACCAGUGUUGCUGAAGUCUUCUCCCGCAUUGACCACAAGUUUGACCUGAUGUAUGCUAAGCGUGCAUUUGUUCACUGGUACGUUGGUGAGGGUAUGGAGGAAGGAGAGUUCUCUGAAGCUCGUGAGGAUCUUGCUGCUUUGGAGAAAGACUAUGAGGAGGUUGGUGCCGAGGGAGGUGAUGAUGAAGAGGAUGAUGAAGGUGAGGAGUACUGAGUGACAUCUUCUUUGAUAUUGUUUGGGUUUGCUGUUGUGUGCUUUUGAAAGGCUUGAAACUCUUUUGUACCAAGUCUUACCUAUCCGUCUGUUUUCUUUUGUCAAAACUUGGUGUUUGAACUUUGUGUGUGCUAUAUCAAUCUAUCGUUGCUCUCCUAUUCUUCUUGCA